UGAGCGUGCUGCAAGCUCGCGCUUUACAAAGGGCAACGUCAUCGUUCCAUGAUUGCAUGAACCAUAACAUUUAGGGGCGCGCAGGAUCCGGAACCAUAUGGGGUAUCGGCGCAGUCUUCUAUCGUCGUUCAGCCUCUGCUUGUGGCUAUCAUGCAAUGCGUUGGAGUUGAACCGUCACGGUUUUGAAGGACUCCUGGUGGCUAUACACAAGAAUGUGCCGGAGAGCGAACUUCUGCUCAGCAACUUGCAGGAGUUCCUGGCAAGGGCUUCUCGGCAACUCGCGGAACUAACAUCACGUACAUAUUUUCGUCAUGUAACCAUCCUGGUACCUGAGACAUGGCGAUCACGACGAGGACUUAUCCCCAUCGACGUGGACCUGUUCGAACACGCCGACGUGCGUGUCGUACCUCAAACCCUGGCAUCUUCAAUGUCUACAUUGCAGCCGGCCUCUUGCGGGAAGCCCGGGAGGUAUAUCACCGUUCCCGAUUUCGUUAUCAUGCACAAGGACUCUGCUCCCAUCUACAUGUCGCCUGAGUACCAAUUCCUGCAUGAGUGGGCUAAGUUUCGCUAUGGCGUCUUCGACGAGCUCGGGCUACCGGACAGCAGUCGCUUUCCUUUCGCGUACACUGAUGGAAAUACGGUAUACCCUGUUGCGCAGAGCAAGAACGUGUUCGGCAUCCUUGCCCGCAAGGAUGGCACGGCGUGCGCGGCGACACCCACGGGAAUCCUACACAACGACUGCAGGCUCUAUAUAGACACCAGAAACACAACCAUGUUGGAAACCUUGAUGAAGAUGCCCUACGUUGCGCCGCGCAAUCCUGUGGCAGCAAGAUAUCUUCCCACGAAGCAGAACGUGCUGUGCAACCGAAAGAGUACCAGGGAGCUCAUCUUCGGACACAAAGACUUUUCAAAGAAAGGAUCUGUCCCGACGCAAGUACCUGACACGAUGUUUACCAUGUUCAGAGCACGUAGUCAUUACGCCAAGAAGGUCGUUCUACUUAUCGACACAUCGGAAAGUAUGGCUAGGAACAAUUGGGUGAAGCUGGUUCACCAGGGCGUGGCAAGAUUUAUUCAAGGCAGACUUCCGCCAGGAUUUUUCUUCGGCAUGCUCUCGUUUUCAGAUGAAGUCACUGUCGCCGCCAACAUCACUCGAAUAACGAAAGAUACGAGAAGAACGCUGCGCACACUCAUUCCUUUUGUUUCAACCGGCACAGAAGCCAACGCCUUCAAAGCAAUCAUCGCAGCAGCACAGGUGAGAUGUACGCAGCCCUUGUUGAAAAAUAUAUAUGCUUACAACUGUGUGCGGGCGGCAAACAAUUGACACUGGAGAAAAAUAAAUACUCGUGUUCUUCGGCCGUCGUAAUUCGAAG